GUGUUCCACAGAAGCGAGUGAGCUCUCCUCUGUUGUUUCCGCUCAUCCUCUUGCAUGAGAACAAUGCCAAUGUUCGCCACGACCCUCAGCUCCUUCCCGUCGAUCUCCUCCUUCUCACAACUUUCCUCUUCUUCCUCCGAUGUCUCCAUUUCACCUUCAAUCUCCUUUCCGUUCUCCAAUCAAUUCAAUUUCUCAAAGUAUGCCCAUAAAUUAUCGGCCGUGAGAAACCACUGGUGUUAUACUGCUAAAGUCUCCGUCUCUGGUAAUACUGAAAUUGAUGAAAAUCCUGAGACCCAACUCCAUGAUGACCCGUCUUCCUCACCGGACGCCGCUCGCCUGGCUCGGAGAUCUGCUGAUUGGAAGGCUGCAAAGACAUAUAAAGAUAGUGGGUUCAUCUAUGAUGGCAGAAUUGAAGACUUUAAUGGUGGAGGACUGAUAGUUCGAUUUUAUUCUCUUGUGGGGUUUCUCCCAUUCCCACAGUUAAGCCCACUGCAUUCUUGUAAAGAGCCAAGCAAAUCUAUCCAGGACAUUGCAAAAGGUUUAGUGGGUUCUCUUAUAUCUGUGAAGGUAAUUCAAGCAGAUGAAGAUAAAAGGAAAUUGAUCUUCUCUGAAAAGGAAGCUGCCUGGUCUAGAUAUUCUGACCGGGUCAAGGUUGGGGAUGUCUUGGAAGCAGUGGUUGGUUCUGUUGAGGACUAUGGGCUUUUGUUCAUUUGCUCUUCCUGUAAGUAA